GACUUUGACAGCAGUGAUUAGAAGCAUUAAGUUUGUUCGGUUUAACUCAGCUUGUAGUCGUGUGCCUCAGUGUGCUGAAGACAUCAAGGCCCAGUUUUAUAAAAGUUUUCAUGAGCAUGGUGGUGAUAUGGAGCAUGGAUUUACCAGUUCUUUAAUCUGAGACCCUGUUAGACAUCUGGACCCGGUCUUUCAAUCGAAUCCAACAGGAUUAAAGCUGGUAGGAUGAAACCUUAAAAUCAGAAAAAUAAGAUUGUUGACUCGGGAUAAAAUCAGACUUGGUUUGUGGGCGCCCUCUAGUCACAGAUGUCACCUGCAGGCUUUAGUUGUCUUCUCUUCAUCGCUGUCCUAGUUUGUCACUGGGUGCCAGCAGGCUGCUAUGCCAACGGCAAAGUCGCCAAAGCUUGUCAUGGCAUGGAGCCAAGCCAUCAUGCCCGCGGUCAGUUCAGUCCCAGCCCCUACAUCCUCACGGUCAACGCCACCACAUACGGACCAGGAGACCAGAUCCUAGUCGUCCUCUCUGGAAGCACGUACUUUACAGGCUUCUUGCUUCAGGCAAGAGAUACACCCAGUCAGGGCUCAGCAUCCAUAGUGGGUACCUUCACCCUGAUGGAUCCAAAGAGGACUCAGCUGCUCACCUGUAACAAACUCAAGGGUUCAGCGGUGAGCCAUACGACUGCUGUCCAGAAGAAAGAGGUAGCUGUCAUCUGGACCCCUCCUUCAUAUCCUGCAGUCCAGGUUCAAUUUUUUGUGACUGUAGUUCAAGAGUUUAAAGUAUUUUGGGUGAAGCUGCCUGGACCAAUCAUCAAUGAGGAAGGUUUUACUUCCAACCCAACGCAGCCAGGGACCAGGACCACACCUCCUUCCUUACAAACAACCACAACCUCAAUCCUGCCCGAGCCUAUGACCUCACAGGGAUGUGGCCAAUCAAAAUCCUGCCUGCUGGAUCCUCCAGGGUGCAAUCCAAAAGAAGAUCCUCUCUGUUUCUUCUUGUCAAUGACUACAGAAGGACCAAAGUCGGUGAUGUUUGAGCUGAGUGGUCCUGCAGACGGCUAUGUUGCCUUUGCACUCUCCUUGGACACAUGGAUGGGCAAUGACGACGUGUACAUGUGUGUCAAAGAAGGGGAUCGAGUAUCAGUGAGCGCUGCCUUUGUCCUUGGACGAACUCAUCCCGAGGAUGAGUCACAGUCUGGUCUCUCCUCUGUGUCAUGGCGGCUGGCAGAUGGAGCAAUUCAGUGCAGGUUUAGUAGACCAGUCAGACUGGCCAAUCAGGAACCAGCUCGCUACGAUCUGGACAGAGACUACUAUCUGUUUCUGGCUAAUGGACAAAGUCAGAAA